CUCGCAUCCAGAUCAAUAUCUUGCGUGAUCAUUAUGUUGGUUGAUUAAGAUUAUUCUGUGCCAUUCGACGACCCUUCUAUCUAGUAGUUUGACACCCUCUCCAGAAGGCCGCCCUGGUCGCUAGACGCAGAGAUCCUGCAACUGCAGCUCGACAUGCAGUGCUGUCAACCCACCACUCUCGCCCUGCGCACCCUACGAAGCUCCCAGACAUCGUCGAGCCAGCGCCGUUUUCUCCAGGAUGUCGCCAUUACGAGGACAGGCAAGCCCAUCAUCAGAUCGCAAGGUGGAAGAUCAUCAUUAGGAGGUCACACGGCGACCGUGUUUGGUGCCAAUGGUUUCUUGGGCAGAUACAUCGUCAACCGAUUGGCGAAAAGAGGAGUUCAGGUCGUCAUACCAUAUCGAGAUGACAUGGGCAAGCGGCAUCUCAAGGUCUCUGGUGACCUUGGGAGGGUUACUUUCAUCGAAUUCGAUCUUCGAAACACCCAAUCCAUCGAGGAGAGCGUCCGACAUUCUGACAUGGUCUUCAAUUUGAUUGGUCGAGAUUAUCCCACCAAGAACUUCAGCUUGUUUGAUGUCAACGUUGAGAGCGUGGAAAGGAUAGCAGAGGCCGUUGCAAAGUACGACGUGGACCGCUUCAUCCAUCUUUCCUCUUAUAAUGCGGAUCCAAAUUCCCCUUCGGAGUUCUUCCGCACAAAGGCCCAGGGAGAGAGCGUCGCAAGACAACUGUUCCCGGAGACAACUAUCGUCCGCCCAGCUCCCUGUUUUGGCUUCGAGGACAACUUACUCCACCGACUUGCUGGAGUUACCAAUCUUUUCACGGUUAACAAUAUGCAGGAACGAUUUUGGCCUGUCCAUGCCAUCGAUGUCGGUGCUGCACUUGAAAAGAUCGGAUAUGACGAUUCCACAGCUGGUGAAACCUUUGAACUGUACGGUCCCACCAAUUACAGCCUUGCGGAGAUCGCACAAAUCGUCGACAAAGAAAUCCUCAAACACCGUCGACACAUCAACCUACCCAAAGCCCUCCUCAAGCCCGUACUUCACUAUUUGAAUAAGGUGAUUUGGUGGCCAAUAUUGACGGCUGACCAGCUUGAGCGAGAAUCUAUUGAUCAGGUUAUUGAUCGCAAGGCCAAAACGUUCAAAGAUCUCGGUAUCGAACCAGCUGAGUUGAGCGAAUUGACCUACCACUACCUCCAAGAUUAUCGAAGCAGUAGUUACUACGACCUCCCUCCUGCAACGCUGAGAGAAAGAAGAGACGCGAAGAAAUAUUUGCAUGUUAUCGAUGAUCAAUAGACUGGUCGCCGCACUUAUCGAUGUUUGAAUGGGGAGGGGUGCUGGUAAAGGUCUGGGCGCCUUCAACAAUGUACAUACCUCAAAAAAUCAAUGCACUUAAGCAAUCAAUAUUUUUUCGUUAAAA